AUGGCCUUCCUUGCCGUCCCAUCUCUCUUGCGCACAUCCACCCGCUCGUUGCGGCGGACCGCCAUCCCCGCACUUGCCCCAGGUUUCGGUCUCGCCCGCAGCGUGUCGACAAAACACCCAGCAGGCUUCACACCCCCGACCGACGAUGAGCUUCUAGAGCUCAGAGAACGCGUACAGGACUUCACAAGGCGAGAGAUUCCAGCCGAGGUUGCGGCGCGGACUGAUGAACAGAAUAAUUUCCCUGCGGAGAUGUGGAAGAAACUCGGUGAUGCUGGCUUCCUGGGUGUUACAGCCGAUGAAGCGUAUGGUGGAUUGGGAAUGGGCUACCAAGCGCAUUGUGUGGUGAUGGAAGAGAUUAGUCGAGCAUCUGGAAGUAUUGGUCUCUCUUACGCCGCUCACUCCCAGCUCUGUGUUAACCAACUCUCACUAAAUGGAAACGAACAACAAAAGGAGAGAUUCUUGCCGGGAUUACUGUCUGGUGAGAAAGUUGGCGCCUUGGCGAUGUCGGAGCACUCUGCUGGCUCUGAUGUUGUUAGCAUGAAGACCAACGCAAAGGAGGUGGAUGGUGGCUGGCUAUUGAAUGGAACGAAGAUGUGGAUCACCAAUGGUCCUGAAGCCGAUUUUGUGGUUGUCUACGCGAAGACACAACCUGAUAAGGGUUCCAAGGGAAUCACCGCCUUUGUUGUAGAGAAGGGCUUCGAGGGCUUCUCUUGUGCUCAGAAGCUGGACAAGCUUGGUAUGCGCGGUUCUAAUACCGGUGAACUUGUCUUCGACAACGUCUUUGUUCCUCGAGAGAAUGUUCUGGGCCAGCUAAACCGUGGUGUCCGAGUUUUGAUGGAAGGCCUCGACUUGGAGAGACUUGUCCUGAGUGCGGGACCACUUGGAAUUAUGCAAGCUGCCAUGGACCUUGUCCUCCCUUAUACGCAUACCCGCAAACAAUUUGGCACUCCAAUUGCUCACAACCAAUUGAUCCAGGGCAAGCUUGCAGAUAUGUACACCAAGCUUGCUGCUUCAAGGGCAUACACCUACACUACAGCACGCGCGGUAGACAACGGUGCUGCAUCAUAUGAUCCACUGGUUAUCCGCACCCAGGACUGUGCUGGCGCAAUUUUGUAUGCCGCUGAGCGCGCAACAGAGUGCGCCUUGGAUGCCAUCCAGCUGAUGGGCGGGAAUGGAUACAUUAAUGAGAUAUCCGCAGGGCGGUUGCUUCGAGAUGCAAAGUUGUACGAGAUCGGAGCGGGAACAAGUGAGAUUCGACGAAUGGUCAUCGGUCGAGCGUUCAAUAAGGAAUAUGCUUAG